GAGGAAUAGUAGUAAUUUUCUGUUGUUGGCACUAUCAAAAUUUUUAGCGAUUUGUACGCGUUUGUACGCCCUCGUACGCGCGCGUAUGCGCAUAUGUGGCGAGGGCCUUAUACAUCGAUUAAAAUCGCCCAUCACUGAUAGGCAAUAGGUGAUGAACUGUACGAAUAUGAAUGUUCCAAGAGCAUUCAAAAUCACACAGAACAGCGAACAUCACGGAAAUAUCCUUCGGUGUAGAAAGGCCCUAAACGAUAAAAUAAUGCUAAAAAAUUUUUAUUAAUUUAUUUUUACUGUUAUUAAUUUAUUAUAUUAUAAUUAAAAACAAGCGUCAACUCUUUUGUUUAAAAAAAUAUAUAUAUACAUAUUAAAAUGAAGAAUGAAAUAUAUACAAAAUUUUAUUGAUUGCAAAGUGUUCUUGAUGAUUAAGUAAAUCAGCAGGAAAAAAAUUUCAAAAAGUUAAUACAUAGAAGUAAUACUUUCAACUUUUUAGAUUGUACGUUUGGGGACUUAGACUGAUGUUGGAGAUAAUUUGAAUAACAAUAAUUCAGUGUUUUUUAUUUAUCAUUAGCCUAUAAAAUUAAAAUAGUUAUAUAGGUGGAUUAGUUUCAUCUUGUGUCAUGAAAUUCAGCAAAAAAUUUUAGAAUUGAGAAAACAUUGAUAAUUCAAGUUAGUAUAAGCCUAAUUAAUAACUUAAAAAAUGUCUGGAACCUUGGUCAAAAAUUUUUCCUGUGUGGAUUUCAAUGCAGAAAAAUUUGUUAAAGACCUCAGUACAGAGUGUGUUGGAGCAGAAGAAUUGAGGCAUCAAAGGGCUAAUAUUCAAGAAUUAUCAGAAAAUACAUCAGCUAUGCUAAAGCGCAAUGUAUACCAAAAUUAUAUACAAUUUAUUGAAACAGCAAAAGAAAUUUCUCAUCUUGAAAGUGAGAUGUAUCAAUUAUCACAAUUACUUUGUGAACAAAGGUCAUUGUUGAGUGCAUUAGGUACUAAUCAAAUGGUAGGAAUAGAAUUUGAACAUACCACUGCAGUAGGUUUUGAAAAUGACUUUGACUACAUUUUGAAAGAAGAAGAACCUAAGCAAAAAUUAAUUAAAUUACUAGAAAAUGUUGAUGGUGCUAUGAAUUUAAUAGAUACAUCUGGACGAGUUUGCUUACAUGAAGGCUCACUCUUAGAAUUAGAUCCAAUUGAAGGAACUCCAUUAAAAAAAAUUCAUGCUUAUUUAUUUAAUGAUAUACUAAUGAUAGCUUCUUGGUUAUCUCAAAGUAACAAAAUUAGUUUAUCUAAAUGUAAAAUGCAAGCUGUUUAUGAUUUGAAAAGUUUAGCAGUUAUUAAUAUAAGAGAUCUAGGAAAUGUUAAGCUAGCCUUCAAACUACUGGCUUUUCCAGAUACUAGAGUAUUUCAGUGUGCUUCUGCAAUCACUAAGAAAGAAUGGCUUGAAAAAUGUGAUCAAGCGAAAAAGUUGAAAGUUUCACAAGCUACUCUACCAAAUAUUGAUAUUGAGAAGAAAUCAGUUGGUGUACAGCAAUUCUUCCCAACAUCUAGAUCAGUACCCUUAGACUUCAAUACUAUAGAGAAUAGAAUAGAAGCUGAGCACUGCCACUUUCUUCCGGAAUGGAUAUUAGAAGUUACAGAAGAUUUAGAUUCUUGCAUAGCUCAACGUCAUUUCGAUGAUGCUUUUAAUUUACUAGACCGAACAAAAACUUAUAUACAGAAUAUGCAAACUACUCAAAAUUUUUGUAAUCUUAAAGCAAAAAUUCAUGGAAGAUCUAAUUCUCUUAUUAAUGUUUUGAGAAAAGAAUUAGAAAUGAGCGCUGAAGCUAAAUCUCUUCAAGGAGGAGGACUGAGAAGCGCCAGAAGAGCUGUUAAAUUACUUAUUCGUCUUAAUCACAGUGCGCAAGCAUGUCAGCUUUAUCUAAGAUUAUGCAGUGCGGUAUUGAAGGCUAGGCUAAGGCGCGUAAAGAGAGAAGGAUCGAUUCUACCGUACAUAAAACAAAUGAGUGCUAUAGUCUUCAGUAAUAUUUCUGAAAUGUCACAAAAAUUCUUGAAAAUAUUUUUUCCGCAUACAACUUGUACCUCAGCUUUUAUUGUAUGGUGCAGCCAUGAGCUUAGAUUAUUCACUUCUCAUGUAAUUAAACAAAUGUUUAUUCCUCAAGUACCAUUAACCACUUUGGCUGAAUGCAUUAUGAUUCUACGUGAUCAUUGUGAACAGUUUACUUCUAUUGGGAUAGACUUUCGAUAUCAAAUCGACAGUCAAAUAAGAGCACCGUUAAUACGAGCUUUACAAGAUACAAAAGAAAAGUACAUAGACGCAAUAAAAGUACGAAGUAUAGAAGAUGGGUGGAAACCAAGUAAUUGGCAUACAUCACAGCAACUUCAUAAGUUACGCGUAGAGCUAGAUGAUUUGGGAAUUCCAUUGCCACAAUGUUAUCUGAAAAAUGAAUAUUGGCUACCUUUAACAAAUAAUACCUUGAUAUUUUCAAAGUUGUACAUAAGCUUGUUGGAAGACUGUCUGAACGUGACAACUGCUGAAAUUAUUAUUAUAGUUGAAGAUGUAUUAGGAUCUGUACUACAAGUUCAAGUACAACAUAUAUUAACAUCAUUAUCUAGCGUGAAGUUUCAACAAGAAAAAAAACUAAUACGCGAUAACAUCAGAUAUAUUCAUGACGUUAUCAUGACUCGCACUUUAGAGCUGUACAAGAGUGUUACAGGUCAAGACUUCAAGAAAUUGAUAGCUCUACAAGAACAGCUCUAUUCUAACCUAACAUCUAGUAAUAAUCCCAAACCUGCUCCACGAACGUCAAUACCAAAAUAUUCUACGACUGAAUACAUUUAGAGGAUACCCCAUGGCCUGAAUCAUUUCCACGAGUAAUUUUAAUAAAAAUAAUGAUACUAAGAAUAACAAUGACAACUAUAAGAAUAAAGUUAAUAAAACAGAAUCGAUGGUAAUAUCGUAAAAUACGUCGUAUAUAUAAUGUUGUAAUCAAACUUUUCUGCAUGUAUAAUAUACUUUUAUUUAUAUCAAAUUCUAAAGAAUCCCUUGUCACGCAGCAAUUUUAGCAUUAUAUCAUGACUCUGUUUAAAGUUGUAAAUCGAGACAACUAACAGAAUUUUAUUUUCUUGGAUUGCUAAUGUUGCUAGUCUAUGAAAAAAGACAAUGUAAUUUAGUUUUCUAAAACGCCCAUUCACGGAUCCAUUUUAUAAUUAAUAAAUUAAGUCUUUAUUUGGUCAAUGUUUCAGGGAUAUUCAAAAUCUCUCUUAUCAGAAAAAAAAGCAAUCAUUCAUAAAAAUUAUUUUAUGAACCAUUACAAUUUGUUACAAUAUCAAUGAGUUAUACUAUUUACUUAAUGUAAAACAAAUAAUUUAGUUGGUUAUAUACAAUGAUUUGACAAAAUAUUUCCAUUUAUGUUUUUUUCCGUAAAGUGUGUAUAAUUUUUUCAAGUAAUACACA